AUGACGCGAGAUUCGGCGGCCACGCUGCUCUUCGUGGACGGCGGGGGCUUCUGCAAGACCUGCUGGGACCCCAUCGUGCGUCGGCUGAAGGCGGCGCCGCUGCUGGCAGGCGCCGACUUCGUCACGUUCGACUUCUCGUGGCACGGCAGCAACUACGACCACUCGGUGGCAGCUCAAGUGGAUCACAGCGACCCGCAGAAGCCGCGCGUGGAUCACCCGGCCAAGAACCUCACGACCUGGGCGCCGCAGGAAGUGUACGAGCAGGUGCAGCGUAUUCGUGCGGGGCAGCGCGCGCGAGGGCAAAGCGACAAGACGCCAAUAUAUGGCGUCGGUCAUUCGAUGGGGGCCAUGGCGCUCUGGAAGACGGAGGUGAUGCACCCAGGCACCUUCGCCAGCCUCAGCCUGUUCGAGCCUGGCUACGGGUAUCGGCACGCCGCAAAACGACUACACCCCCAAUGGCCGACGCGACUGGCAGCGGAGGAUCACUUCUACGACUUGAAGAACUUCGCUCGUUGGGACCGCGAGGCUCUGGCGGGAUAUCUCCGCGGCGGCCUCAUCGACCAAGACGACGGCUCCGUCCUCUUGGCGUGUCACCCGCUCAUCGAAGCCUCGCUCUACUGCCACACGCCCAUGUAUCUCUCGGACGAGCUAUCCAAGAUCCACAACAGCAAAGCGUUUGGGGAGAUGGCCACCAAGUACCCGCAGAUUUACCGGACGCGACCACUAAUGCCUGGACUCUCGCAUGCCCUGGUGAUGGAGAACCCUGCCGGCUGUGCUAAUAGCGUGCUGGCGGACCUGAAGGAGCUCAUUACUACUAGUAUUGAGCAAACGGCGCCACACUCGCGCAUCUAA